AUGUCAUUCCAAGUGGUUUCAGAGCGGCUUGCAGCUCUUCAAGAAUCGAACGGGCAACUAAAACAACUCAUCGAACGCCUCGCCACCAUCGAUUUCCAGCCCGGUUCCGUACCUCUUGACAAUGAAGAAGGAAACGUCAUGACUGAGCUUACAACGGAAAUCCAGCAGAUGUUAAAAUACCAGGAUGAGGAUUUCGAGUUAUUACAAGAGGAUAUCAAUGAUUUGCCCGGGAGGCCAGGAAGCGAAUUGGCGCAGCAGAGGGAGGGGCUAGAUCAUGUUGCUAAGAGAGCUAUGAGAGAGUUGAAAGGAUGCGGAUUCUCUUUCCGUAAUGCCCAAUUAUCUGCGCGACGCAAACUCCAAGUCGCCCAACGCGAGGAGCGGGAACUGCUCCUACAGUCCUACAUCAGCGAGCCUUCCUCCCCAUCUUCACCCGGCCCUACACCGAUACAACAGCGCCAUCGGCGGACGCACCAUACGGAGCUCUCGAAGGAAGAACGAGAAGUCAACGCCACUAGUGAUGUUACAGCUACCUUGCGACGCACGCACGAUAUGAUGGCUUCCGAGCUGUCACGCUCCCAAUUCGCACACGAUACACUGAAGGAGUCAACUGCGGCAUUAGCCCAACUCUCGGAAACAUAUUCAACAUUAGAUACCCUAUUAUCGAGUUCGAAGAAUCUCCUAGGCACGUUGUUGAGAAGCCAGAAGAGCGAUACGUGGUAUUUAGAGACAGCAUUUUAUAUCCUGCUAGCUACGAUUGUCUGGCUCGUCUUUAGACGUAUUUUAUAUGGGCCUAUGUGGUGGCUGAUGUGGUUCCCUAUGAAGAUCUUCUUCAGGAGCUUAUUGGGUGUGCUCGCGGCUGUGGGGGUUACUGGCGGAUCUUCAAAUGUUGAUGUCGCCUCUAGUUCUUUGGCCAGUAGCACGUUGAUUGUUCAUAAUAGCGCGACUGGGAGACUAUCCGCACCAUCUAUGGCUGGAGGGAGGGUACCUAGCGUUAACGUUGGCGGGAGAGGAGGACCAUUGCCAACAAACACUCCGCAGAGAGGUGACCCAUCUCAGGCGAAUGUCUCCGAACAGGUUGGGAAGAUCAUUGAUGAAAGUCAUGAUGGACAUGGCACAGAUGAAGGGCCAAAGGCGGAUGAUUCCGCGCAUGAGAAUCAAGCAGAGUAUCAACCGAAUCCUAAGAAGCGAAUGUGGGAAGAGGAGAAGGAGGCUGCGAAGGAGGCCGAGAGAAAGAAAGACGAGUUAUAG